AUGGACCACGAAUCUGGCUCGGAGCCGGCCAGGAAGAGGCUUCGGACAAGCCAUGCUUGUGAUGCGUGCCGUGCCAAGAAGAUAAGAUGCAAUGGCAACACCCCUUGCGCGUCAUGCGAUGGUUCGCGCCAGGAGUGUACCUACGGCUCCGAAGCCAACUCGAUCAUCAGCAGCAACAGCAUCGUCGCUCGCCAGUCCAUGGCGUCGCCUAGCCUUCCCACCGCCGUCCCUAGAGCCGCCUCAUUCUCCUCCUCACCCCGUACCGAGAUUCUCCACCAUCGGACACCUCUCUCUGAGUCCCACUGGCCGCCGGCGGCGAACAACCUCGACAAUGCCGUACUCGCUUCCAUGCACACCUCAGCCACCGAGGCCGUCCUCCAGUGGCCGCAUUUUGACGUCUUCCCUGGCCUUCGCGAUGGGUACGAUCCCAUCUUCCGUCUCGAGCAAGCUCGACCUCCGAUCAAGUCCCGUUCAUCGACAUGGUAUCCUUUCGUGACGCCUCGCGAAGUUGACGAAAUCCUCGAGUCCUUCGGCCAAACGGUGAACUUUUGGUACCCCACCAUGUCUCAGCAGCAAAUGGCUGGGGUGCGCGCCCUCAUAGUCAAUGGCGUGCCUGAAGAGGACAGCAUCGAAGUGUGCCUGGCGUUACUGACUAUGGCUUUGGGUCUCGCUGGGCAGGUCACAGCGAACUUGGCCAGCGGCACGACAUCUCUGACCCAGAAAGACCGUGAGACACGCGCAUCGAAGAAGGCUAUGGCCGACGUUUACUUCGACGGCGUGCUCAAAAGACUCCAUGUCGUGCACACACACAUUGGGAGCACGUCAACCCACUGCCUGUUCUACGUUGCUAUGUACUUUGCAUUUUUACGUCGCCCGCUCCAAGCUUGGGAGUAUAUCAACGCUGCUGCAGCCAAAUGCCUGCUGUUGCUCUCGUACACUUCAGAGGACGACUCAACGGAAGACAGCGAGCGCAUUAGACGCAUAUUUUGGUCCUGUUAUAUCCUAGAGAGCGAUUAUCUCGCCGAGCUUUCUGCCCUGCCACAGUCAGGAAUUUCUGCCAUUGAAUCGACAACGCCCCUACCAGGCGAAUACCAUACCCAUGCCGACGCACAUCAACAGGAACUUGCCUCUCUCUACCUUUUGGCGUGUAUCUCCAUGCGACGGCUUCUGAACCGCGUUCACCACCUACUCUACGCUCAGACUACUGGAGCUGCUCUCGAUCCCACCCGGUUCCCUGCAGUCGUCCGCGAACUCAAUCACCAACUCGACGAGUGGCGCGAGGUCCUUCCUCCUGCUUUUGCGUUCACUGUGGACGAAACCCCCACCGCCACCGAAGCUGGUGCCUUUCUGAGGCAGCGGUACUCUACAUGCCGAAGCGUGAUCUAUCGGCCCUACUUCAUGUGGAUGCUGAGCGGCAUGGCACCUCCAGCAGCCGUGCGCAGUCCAGGUGAUGGAAUCGCUGGAAAGGAGGUCAUGGCAAGCUGCAAGAUGUGCUUAGACGCAUGCCUGCUGCACAUCAUGAACCUCAGGGGGUAUGGACAGACCGUCUUGGUGGACACCUGGAUCUGUUCCCUAUCCAUGGCUGGUGCGAUGCUCGUCCUCUUGGCUGCCUGCCGGGUGCCGGCGCUCCGAGAGCUCAUUGGCUCAGAGAUUUUGUCUGCCGGCGAGCACCUGCGACAGCUUCUGGAGGGAUGGCAGGAGGUGAUGGGCGAACCAGCGUCGCCGAGUGUUGAGCAGAGUGUGAGAAUCAUUGCGGAGGCAGACCGCUUCAUCCGGCAGGUGUACUUGGGGGAAGACACGACUGCAAGCACGCAGAGAGCGUGGCAAGAUAUUUACGGGCAUCACGAAGGCUAA